AUCGAGGUGGGCCUUAUGGUCAGGGUUCCACUCACGUAGUGAGUCACAUGGCUAGCUCGGGGGUCGCUGCCAAGUCGCACUCGUUUUUGAAUCCCAAACACGCCAAUGAGAUUUCCACUCUCCUUCCCGACUAUGCUUUCCUCCGUAUGGCGAAGAUUGCUUCAUUCUCCAUAUCUCCCCGUCAUUUUCUUUCCUUGUACAGCAAACCCAAAUUCCAAAUUCCACUCCUUUGCACGGAAACCCAUUUCUUCUGACAAUCCCAACGACACUUCCUACUACUCCUCUCUCCUCCAGUCCUGCAUCAAUCGGAAAUCGAUCGAGCCCGGAAAACAGCUCCACGCCCAUAUCCUCCUCUUAGGUCUUGGCUCCGAUCCCAUCUUGGGCACAAAGCUUGUCAAUCUGUACUCUGUUUGCAACUCACUGCCCUACGCCCACCUAUUGUUUGAUAAAAUUCCCAAAGGAAAUAUCUUCCUAUGGAACGUUCUCAUUCGUGGGUACGCCUGGAAUGGGCCCCACGAAGUUGCCCUCUCCCUUUACUACCAGAUUCUGGAUUAUGGUCUCAAACCAGACAACUUCACUUUCCCAUUCGUCCUCAAGGCCUGCUCGGCCCUCUCUGCAAUUCGAGAAGGAAGAGACAUUCACGAACAUGUGGUACAGACGGGGUGGGAGUCUGACGUCUUUGUAGGUGCUGCUCUAGUCGACAUGUAUGCGAAGUGCGGGUGUGUCAAUAACGCACGGGAGGUCUUUGAUAGAAUUUCCAGCAGAGAUGUGGUACUUUGGAACUCCAUGAUUGCUGCUUACUCUCAAAAUAGCCAUCCUGCUGAAGCGCUCUCUCUGUGCCGUGAAAUGGCUAGGAUAGGUUUCAGGCCAACCACUGCGACACUUGUGACGGUGAUCUCAGCUUCAUCGGAUGUUGCUGCUCUCCCUCAGGGGCGGGAAAUCCACGGGUUCAGCUGGAGACAUGGAUUCGAGUCUCAAGACAAGGUGAAAACCGCUCUGAUCGAUAUGUAUGCUAAGAGCGGGUGGGUCAGGGUUGCUCGGGUUUUGUUUGAACGCCUUGCUGAGAAAAGGGUCAUCUCUUGGAAUGCCAUGAUAUCGGGCUACGGAAUGCAUGGCCACGCCAGCAAAGCUCUCUCAUUGUUUGAGGAAAUGAAGGCAGCAGCUCAGCCAGACCAUAUCACGUUUGUUGGAGUUCUUUCUGCGUGCAGCCAUGGAGGUUUGAUAGACGAAGGAUGGUGUUACUUCAAUUCAAUGGUGACGCAUUACUCGAUAAAACCAGCAGUUCAGCAUUAUACUUGCAUGGUCGACCUCCUCGGUCACUCUGGUCGACUAGAUGAAGCAUACGAUCUCAUCAUGGGAAUGGCAAUGAAUCCUGAUUCUGGCAUAUGGGGUUCAUUGCUGAAUUCAUGCAAGAUUCAUGGAAAUGUGGAAUUGGGUGAGAAGGCAUUGCAGAGGCUGAUUGAUCUGGAGCCUGAAGAUGCAGGCAAUUACGUGAUUCUGUCGAACAUAUAUGCGCAAGCCGGGAAAUGGGAAGGUGUUGCCGACGUAAGGAAGCUGAUGAAGGAGAGAGGAUUGAAGAAGAGCAUUGCUUGUAGCUGGAUUGAAGUGAAGAACAAGGUGCAUGCGUUUCUUGCCGGAGAUGUAUCCCAUCCUCAAUCGGAUGGCAUUUACGCAGAGCUAGAGAGGUUGCGAGGGCUCGUGAAGGAAGCUGGCUAUGUGCCAGAUACCGGGCCUGUUUUUCAUGAUGUGGACAAUGAUGAGAAGAUGAAUAUGGUGUGGAGUCACAGUGAGAGGCUGGCAAUUGUGUUUGGGCUCAUCAAUACGGCGCCGGGGACAAGGCUUCUGGUGACCAAAAACCUUCGAGUCUGCGACGAUUGCCACACUGCCAUCAAGUUCAUCUCCAAGAUAGUUGAUAGGGAAAUCAUAGUCAGGGAUGUGAAUCGGUAUCAUCAUUUUAGACAUGGUGCUUGUUCCUGUGGAGAUUAUUGGUAAACAAAUUGAAGGGAAAUGUGAAGAGAGGUGCAAUCAGCUGCCACAAGCGCUAGUGUAGCAUGUGAUGCAAGAUCUGAGCUGCUCAUGAGGUGGGCCUCGCUGAGAUUGUCUGUUCAGGAUAUCUGGCUUGUCUGCCAGCUGGUGUGUCCGCGUAUCUUAAAUGUGGAUUAUUGGUUAACGUCUUUGAUGAGCUGAUUGUCCUAAUUUUUAGGCCAUGGCAUAGGCCUGUUGGUUGGCUUGGAUAUUGCUUGUGUUCCACAUUGGCACAUGUGAGCCGCAAGUGCGAUUGCAAUUGGAGGAGCCAUAGGGUCCUGCUCAUCACCAAACGACUUGAAAUGGAGGGAGUGAUUCUGUGCAUGCGGGGCAAUGGUUUGGCGAUCCUACUGUUGAUCCGAUUACAAGCACAUCUGAUGGGAGCCGCCUUGAAACUCAUCAAGAUUGGAAGAUCCUAACCUUUUGAUCAAAUGACCCACAAAAAGAUGGUUAAUCAGAUUGUCCAUGUUUUGAGGAAAAUAGUACAACAAUCAAAGCCUUGAAGUAUUCAACGCACAGAUUUUUAUUUUUAUUUUUGGGGUUGUAGCCUAGAACCAUCCAUGGAGGGGCCAUCAUGUAAACGGUUUGGAUAAUGGGAACAUGUAGGGAAUCUUGCGUCAGCAAAAAUUCCUAUAAUUCUCUUUGGAAAGAGACACAAGUGCUAAAUCUCCACUAUUGUGAUUCUUCUAUUUUGGAGAAAGAAAUAAAGACGAUAAUUUAUAUGCAA